GCACACGUAGAAGGGGGAUAUAGCUUACGUUUCCGGUUGAUUCGGUAAUUCGGUUAAGUAUCGGCCCCAGUGAAGACGUCGCGAGACAGACGGAAGCGGAGUACAUAGACGACUAGCAGUAGUCCGGGACGUGACUGCGUUUCGUAGACGAAUGCGUGGUGUAGCCGGAUGCGCCGGUGCACCACCAGCUGCAGCUGCCAGUGCCGCUACUACCGCCACUGCUACCAGCACCGCCGGUGCUGCUACUGCCGCUGCUGCUGCCGCCGCCGUCGUCGCCGCUGUCUCGCUGGUGCUGCUGCCGCUGGCAGAGGCUCGCAGAGGUGUCCACCUCGUGGCAGUCGACACUUCCUGCCGGACGGUGGUAGUGUCCAGGCGCGCUGGACACACGACGAGCCGCAGCCGGUCGCCGCUGCUGCUGCCGCUGUUCAUCGAGCGUAAGGAUUAAGACGUGGAGCCGGCCGUGGAACAGGAGACGGAGGAAGAAGGAAAGAAAGAAAGAAAGGAAGGAGGGAAUGAAGAAGGUGUGAGACGGUGGUGGGUGACACACGACUGUGCUGUGACUACGACUUCACGAAUACGACGGCUACGACGGUUACGACGGGGACGCUUUCCGUCAUAUUUUCGUCGGUACGAGAGCAACGAGAGGCCGGGGCUCUUUACCUUCGGUACGUCGAGGAGAAUUCGCGUGGGCAAGGAGAAAAAGGAAAAUAAAGGAAAAAAAGGGUUCGACCACCGGGAGAAGGAGCAACGAGUGCGACGAACCCUUUCGCUACUCCCUUACACGCACGGGGCCGCACACUCGUGCACGUACACCGCGAGAGCCGCGACGUGUCGCCGGUAAUAUAGCGUGUACGCUUUCGUUUAGAGGGUUUCUUCCCUCCGACGUCGACGCGCGUAGGAGUGCCGGAUCGCACGCGGUGCCUCCUCUUCACCGAGUCGAGUUCCGUCGGGGUGAUUCCGCCGUGUCUGCGCGAGCCUUUCGCCAUCCUUUCGUCCUCUCUCCCGCGGUCCUCGCGCCGCCAUGUGAACGGUCUCAGAACGGCAGAGCGAGAAUGAAAACAGCAGAGAUUCAUUCCAACACCGAUAAAUUUACCGAACCACCUGUAUAAACAUAGUCUAGCCUGCAAAAAUAUCCGACAGGCAACCGAGUCCAGUGUGGAAAAGCGAACGCGCCGCAACGAGCCGGAAGGAAACAAUAACGGGAAAGCGAGUUUAGAUAACGUUGUACCAGAAACGACAAGGAACAACAGGAAACGGGAUCACGAGUUGGUGGUUGGUGCCGGGUGUGCUGGUGGUGUCGGUUCGGCUCGAGCCAGGUCGUGGUGAUGCCUCGCAGCAGCGGAUCCUUGAGAUCGCUGGGUGUCGUAGGUAAGGACGCCGUUGGUGCUCGCGGAGCCGCAGUCCCGGUUGCGUACGGCGUCGUUGCGACGAGGACACGCUGACGAGUGCAGCCCCCGGUGGCACGGCAGUGGUCGCUCCUGCAGGCCAUGUAUUACGGUCCGGCAAUCGACCGUACCGGCAGCAGCUGCAGUGCCAGCGACCUUCAGCAGCCGCGAUCACCACGGCCACGACGACGGAGACGCGUUGCCGCGACGCCCGGCGUCGCGGACGACGCCGACACCGAGGAGGAACUCUUAUAUCAGCCGGAGGAACCAGCUUACGUGGUCCUCGAUGUUCAGUCCAACGAGAAACACGGCCACAGGCUCGGCUGUCACGCCGCCCCGAGGCCAGGCAGAAGACGAACUGGCGGAAACGCGAUUAGGAUACUGCUGCUCGCCACUGCCGCUGCCUUCCUCGCACUCGCCGUCUCUCCUGUGUCUGGCACGACAAACAAAAAAGAGGAAGAGACGGCGGUGGCCACUGUUGGCGUAACAGAGGAGAGCACCGGUGUCUUGGGCACGAGAUCCAGGACAGGCAGCGAUCCUGGUGGAGGCAUAGACCUCUUGGCAGCGUUACAGCUGCACAACACAACGCGGCAGGGUGUUACACAGGUGCCAGGACUGGUUAGGUUAAAGCCAGCCUAUUAUCUUCAGGGCGAGGAGAGGGAGCUCCGACUGAACGAGGCGAGCUUCGAACGAGCGGCCACGCUACUCCGGCGGGUUCCGGAAUUCACUAUAGCAGCCGCUCUGCGACAAGAGGAGGCCAAUUCCGGGACGAUCGUCGCCUUUUCACAUGGGAACAAUAGAUAUUUGGAGCUGCAGAGCAGCGGCCGUAAGGACGAGCUUCGACUUCACUACGUAUCACGCCGGGACGGCAGCGUCCAUGUGGAGGCGUUUCCUUUCCGUCUGGCCGACGGCGCCUGGCACAGGGUCGCCCUGAGCGUAAGCGGCUCGCAGGUCGAGCUGCUCGUCGACUGUCAUCCCUUGUACAGGCGGCUGCUUAGGCCUGGACCACCUGACACCAAUUUCACUCUGCCACAGCUUCAGCUCUGGGUUGGGCAGAGGAACGUCAGGCACUUUCUCUUCAAGGGUGCUUUGCAGGAUGUGAAGCUGAUACCAGGCCCCCAUGGCUACCUUUCCCAGUGUCCCCAGCUCGAUUCUUCUUGUCCCACUUGCGGUCAAUUUUCUAUAUUACAAAACACCGUGGAACAGUUGAUGCAUAACCUCAACGAGCUGACGCGUAGGCUAGCCGCUGCAGAGGGCAGGAUAAGCAAAGUGGAGGAGUGCGAGUGCCAAAAGUCAUGCAGGGCAAACGGCACCGUCCACGAGGAUGGUGCGACCUGGGAGAAAGAUUGCCAACAGUGUUCCUGUGUUCAUGGGGAGAUCGAGUGCAGGCCGACACCCUGCGCUCCCGUCACCUGCAAGAAUCCCGUCAUUCCUAAGGGACAGUGCUGUCCCAUCUGCCUAAUGCAAUGUUAUCUGCACGGAGUGAUUUACGAUCACGGUGAGAAAGUCUCGCCGAAACAGUGCGUAGAGUGCGACUGUUUCGACGGCAGCUUCACCUGUCAGAGGUUCGACACAGAAACAAGAUGUCCGCCGCUGCCCUGUCCACCGAGCGAGCAGAUCAGCGUGGCCGAGGAAUGCUGCAAGUUCUGUCCAGGGGUGGACUACUGCGCGAAGGGCCACAAGUGUCACGCUAACGCGUCCUGCCUGAACCUGCAGACAACGUACGCCUGCCACUGCGAUAUCGGUUUCCAAGGGGACGGUCAUAACUGUCACGAUGUAGAUGAGUGUAAGCAGCAAGGUGGCUCCGAGGGACAUCACUGUAACGCGAACACGAAAUGCGUGAACGUGAUCGGCUCUUACACGUGUGAGUGUCUUCCGGGCUACCACAGAGUGGACAAGUUCAACUGUGCAGAGCUAGAUGAAUGUGCGACUGGACAUCACGCGUGCGACGAGCACGCCACCUGCGUGAACACCGCGGGUAGUUACUAUUGCAUUUGCAAGGAUGGCUACACUGGCGACGGUUACACGUGCAAACCUGUCUGCAAUCAGACUUGUCAAAAUGGCGGCGAGUGUGUGGCGCCGGGAAGGUGUUCCUGUCGACGUGGCUACAUUGGCAACAGUUGCGAGCUAGACCUGGACGAGUGCGCGAGUGAUUUGCAUCGGUGCCACCAGUCGUCCACCUGUUUCAACAUGCCCGGUUGGUACUACUGCCGCUGCAAGCCGGGCUACAGAAGCGCUCUCCACGAUAGCACUCAGGGUACCCAGUGUCUUGACAUCGACGAGUGCAACGACCAAACGAUAGAGAGGAGGCACACCUGUCAUCCCAGUGCCAAGUGUGUCAACACCGAAGGUGGUUACGAGUGCGUCUGUCCACCUCGAGAAGACAAUCGUACCAUGGAGGAAUGUAGGCUGAGUUGUUGGUUCGAGAAUCGAGAAGUGAAGAACGGAGAGACUCUGGCACCGGCGGGGAAUCCCUGUCGGAGAUGCACUUGCAAAGAUGGCGUCGUCACGUGCAGAGAUCCUAUCUGCGAUUGCAGCGCCCCUGGGAGUCACAGGGACAAGUGCUGCCCUCAGUGCGACCCCGCGGCCUCCUGUAGGCACCAAGAACUUCAUCACCUAGUCUUCAGAAGUGGCGAACGAUGGAUAUACCAGUGUCAGACUUGCGAAUGCCUGUACGGCGAAAUAGACUGCUGGCAGAUGGAAUGUCCACCGGUGACCUGCUCGAACCCCGUGACAGAGGACGGGGACUGUUGUCCUCGUUGCGAGGACGAUCCCUGUGCAAGAGAGAUGCCUGGAAAUGGUACCUCUCUCUCGGUACUGACCAGGCCGCGACCCUGCAGCUACUCCGGGAUUAUUCACGACAGCGGCAGCUCCUGGCAGGACCCCCAUGACAAGUGCACCACGUGCGAGUGCAAGGACGGGCAGCUAUGCUGCAGCUACGAUUACGGCUGCGCUGGCGAUCUGGGCAGCAACGAGCAGCAGCAACGUCCUCCAGUCGUUGUUCCUGAGCCUGUCGUACGCGGUCUACAGGGCCCUGCGGGGCCACCGAUGGCUGACAGUGCACCGGAAGCAACUCUAUCAGCGGUUACCGCUUCCUCCCCAGCUGGUGCAAUGCCAGUCACCAGCGCCUACCUCCUGUCGGCCUCGUCUUCUUCCUCAUCCGCCAACAACGUCGCCGCCGAUGGGUCCAACAUCAGGAAAGGUCACUGGAGCUUGCAGAACAACCUGCCAAAACCAUCCCAGCAACAGAGGGACGACCGCCGCGUCAGAAUGCAAGCACAGCAAAAGCAACAGCAAGUCAUACCGACAGCCAGGUACCAGCUGGCCCCUGGAGCAGCGACAACGUCGUCGUCGACGCCUGAACGCGCUACACCCGCGUCGACGUCGUCGACGACGACGACCAAGGCUUCGGUCCAGUACGAAGCCAAAUCGCAAACGUCUGCGUCGCGACGUCAACGGGCCAAGGCGCCCAACAACGCUCUCGGAAGCCUGCGUCAGCGUGGCAACGCGUCCUCCAUUACCUCCUCCUCCUCAUCCUCGUCGUCACCUUCGUCGUCCUCGUCGCCUCUCGCGAUGCUGGUGCCCUCUGGCGCGAGCCUCGACCCCGAAGCGGACAGCGUCUCGACCAGUAGCAGCAGCAGCAGCAGCGCCAUCAGCGAAAGCGUGGUCGCCAGCAGUUACCGUCAACCGUCAUCGACAGGAGGGCGCCACCGGCGCAGCGACGCCGGGGAGUCCGUGGCGCGCGACAGUGGCGCUACCUGAGGCUGACGCUUGCGUGGACAGCUAGAAGAGACAGAAAUGAACACUGGCAAGGCAUUCCAGGGGGUGUAGCACGGGAACUGGGCCGCGGCCCGAUGUAGGAGCGAGCGGAGAAGCGUUCUCUAUAGUCACCUGAUCGUCUAAUUGAGGGUGUCGUCGAGGGAAGCGAGUGCAUUGUACAAGAGGAACGCGACCACGAGACGAAUCAUGGGCCAGUCCGUUCGGAUCCUUCCAUCUGCCGAUCAUU